GCCAUGCCCCGUGAGAGGGAGGGGACUCUCGUUGUCUUUGAGGGCCGCGUGACUCAGGCCCGGGGUUCGUUCUCACCCGGCCCGGGGGCGGCAUCGUGACCGAGGGCAGCAGCCCAGCGUAGGGCGAGCCCCCUGGCUGGCGGGCCUACCUGGCCCACCCGCGCUUCUCACGCCGACUAGGCAUGCUGACCCGAACGGGCUUCUUCCCGUUUUGGUGUCAAAGAACAUUCGAGAUGGCUGCAGCAUCAGGGAAGGGAUCUAUACGAAAAGCAAAAUCAUUUACUGUAAAGACAUCGCUGAAUAACCCAUAUGCUAUUAACUGGAGUACUCUGGAAAGAGAAGAUAUGCACUUCAUAUUACAGACACUGGAAGACAGAUUUAAACAUGUUGGACUUCAAAAGAUUGAGAAUCCAAAGAAGAAAAAACGGCCUUUUUCAAAAAGACAAACCAAAGACAAAGGUACUGUUGAUAAUGAAGAAGUUCCAAAGAAAAAAGAAACGGAAAUUAGCCAGAAAGUACCAGGAUGGACUCCUGUACAUAUCAGGAAACAACUUGCUAUUGGGAUUAAUGAAGUAACCAGAGCUUUAGAGAAAAAUGAACUUCUUUUAGUCCUAGUGUGCAAAUCUGUCAGACCCGCUAUAAUGACCUCCCACCUGAUUCAAUUGAGUGUCAGCAGAGCUGUACCAGCUUGCCAAGUUCCUCGCCUUAGUGAAAGCAUUGCACCUGUUAUUGGUUUAAAGUGUGUUCUAGCUCUGGGUUUCAAAAAAAACACCGAAGCCUUUGUUGAUGAACUAAAAGCUAUAAUUCCCAGGGUACCUGGUUUACAUGUGCCAUGGCUUCAAGACAACACUAAAGAUUCCCUGGAAGAUACAGAAGGUGAAACUUUGGAAAUGCAAGAUCCAAGUGUUUUAGAAACCUCCUUUGAAGAGCUUACUACAAAUAAGCGAAAACUUGUUGAAUGUCAGCAAAAUACUUCUGCUGUAACUUUACAGCCCCUAAAAAUAAAGAAACUGAUUCCAAAUCCCAGUAAGAUAAGGAAACCACCAAAAAAUAAAAAAACUACUUUAAAAUAAUGUGUGAAACAUAAUUUGUAAAGCAUUUUUCCAUAAUUAAAACAAAUUUCAAAAAAUGAAUUACUUUUACAUGUGUCCUUGCUAUAUUACUUGUUAAAUGUUCCUUGUAAAAAAAUGUAACUUUAGGGCACAAACAUGUCUAGGUUUAAACCAAUAUUUAAAUGCAUCAGUUAUUAAAAAACCUGAGUAUAAAAACAAAAAUUUAUUAAAAUAAAUGUUCAAACUGAUAUAAAUCCAUUUAAGAGGCCAGUAAGAUGCUGGUUUGUGAGAACAUCUGUAUUUCAUCAUACCUAUCUUCCUAUCAAAAUCAUUCUGCCACAGCAGACAUUGUUCUUAAUCAUAGUGCAGAUGAAAUUGGAUUACAGCUGCUUUCUUAUCUAAUGUAUUCAGCUAAAGAAAACUGGACUACAAAUGGUCUUCUAGAAACAAUCCACUUAAUCUUGAAAUUUGGGGUAUUAAUUUAUAUUGAGUUUAGCUGAUAAAGGGAAUCAGUUGUCAUAAUUCAUACUUCGUACAUGAAUGUCUUAAAGCGGUUGCCCAUUUUCUCCAUUACAUUUCUUGAGGUGGAUUCAUUUUUGCUGACUUAGGCUUACAUUUCAUCAAGGACUUGUGGAAAAAAGAACAUAUACUCUACUCAGUGACAAUUCUCUGGGAGACAAUGGGUUCAUAUCACAACUCAGAGAAGGAUGGGAAAGCUAGACUUCACAUUGCCAGAGCUACUUUCUUGGCCUAAUUCUAGUGAUUUUACACAAAGUAUGGCACCUUUGUAUAUUCUAGAUGGGAGAAGGAUUAAUACUUUUAAAUAGGAAUUUUAGUUUAAAAAUAAAGUGAAAGAUUCCCAAUGCCACAAUCUUAAAUACAUUAAAAAAACAUACUCCCCAUGGUGUUAAGGAGAUAAUUUUUUUUUUAAAAGUUCCAAGAAUGUUUUUGUUGCUGCAACUGUAUCUCUGGAGCAGGGGUUCAUAACCGUGGGCCUAUACACUUACUUAAAAAUGUUGCUAACUUUCAAUGUAAUUUAUUUCCUUUGUAAUCCUAUACAUUUUAUUCUAUAUAUUUAAAAAUUCCAAGAAGGGGUCCCAUAAGCUUUGUCACACUCCCAGAGGGGUCCAUGACACAAAGGUUAAGAACACCCUGCUUUAAGGAUUUUAAGAAGGGAGCUGAUAUGUAUUUUCUUACUGUUGGUUUCUUUUCACUAGUGGAAAAAGUGAAAUGUCCAAUGACAUUUGGAUAAAUGAUGGCUGAAUAAAUUAUGAUAUUAAUGUAAUGAAAUACUAUGCCAAAGAAAUGACAAGUACAGAAAGAAAUGAGGCAAAUAUUGGUGGCAGACUAAUGUUCUGCAAUUGUAUUGGGAAAAAAGGACCACAAAACUAAUUACACAGGUGAAUGCAGAAGGGGACAUAUAAGUUGUUUAUUUUUACAACUAAGACAUAAAUUUGAAUUUUGAUGUUCUACUUGGAGUUCUACUCUUCUUAUCUGUAUUUGUUGAGAGGGUUUAUUAAUAAAUCUCAAAGGUGCUUUUUAGCUAGAAAUAAGUUUUGGUUUUAAUACAGCAGAGCAUUUUGGAAUGAUGUGUUUUUAGGAUAGUUUCUUAAAUUUUAUAAAAUACAUGGUAAGAACUAUUUUUAGGCCUGGCUCUCAUUGAUUAACUGUGUAGCCAUAGUAGGUCACUUAACCUCUUAGUCUCUGCAUUAGUUGAAGGAAUUGCAUUAGAUGCUGACUCUAGGUAGGUCCAAAGUUCCAUGAUUUCCAAUCUAAAUUUUUUUUAACUCAACAUAUGGGUAGUUUUACACAAAGUUUGUUUUGGCAUGUUUACUGAUAACAUACUUAAAUUGUACACAGGGAUGGGAUAGGCAUGAAUGUCCUACUGAAAAGAGUCAAGCAAGUGCUUUAUUUUGAAAUAGCAUAAAGUUAAAAGAGGGUCAAAAUAUUGUAAUUGAAAUCAGUAAAAGUGGGAUAGUUUCACCUUAAAACAAGUUAAUGCCAAAAUUUCAGAAAGUCAAAUAGAUUUUUUUAAAAGUCCUCAAAAAGAACAUUUUUUUAGCUUAUAUUUUUAGGAUCUCCAAUAAAAUCCUUUCCCUAAAUUAAAAUAUUUUAAAGUCAAAGUGGUUGUUGGUCAAAACAUUUUUUUUUUGUUGGUUGAUUCUCUGGCUUUUUGAAGCCUUCUCUCCACCAUGAAUGAAGAGAACACCUUUCUCCCUGUUGUGAAAAGGUUUUACUGUAACUGUAUAUACCCUUGGAGGUAGUGUUUGAGAGAAAUGCAAUUCCAAUGAUACAAACUGUCCCAAAAAAUUUUAGUGCAGAAAUAAUCUAAUAGUUUUAAACUGCACUGAGACUUUUGGGACACCCUUUCUAAUGACUUUAAUAGUUUAAAAUAGCACUAAAACUUUUGGGAACCCCCUGGCGGCUACUAAACUGUAUAUAAGCAUCCCUGUGGGCCUGACUUAGAAAACCUCAUUAACAUUAUGUAUGCACUACUGUAUUUUUAUUUAUUUUGUUAAAUGUUUCCUAAUUACAUUUUAAUCCAGUUCUGGCCACAGACAGGAGUGUUGCAGGUGUUUGACACCUCUACCUAUACAGACCCAAUAGUCCAAUAAACCCCUCUAGUGGUAGGUUUAGAAAUCACAUGUUCUUGUCAGUUCUCAACUAGGAUAAGAGCUGCAGGCCCCUUAGCUUGUUUUCAUACUGUAUUGGUACCAAGUGGAAAAGUUAUUUAUCACACAGUUGUAAAUAAUUGUGAAAUGAAGAGUAGAAACUACACUUACUGUAAAGAAAGGUGAAAGAAUGUAAUUCUGUGGCAUUUAAAUCAAGGCCAAUUUACAAGGCCUCAUUUAGCAGCUCCCUCUCUUCUGAGUAUUGGCAAUAUAUAUUAUUAUAUACACAUAUAUAUUAUACAGUGAAACCUUGCUUCAAACUCUGGAUAAAAACACCAUCAGUAACAAAAUUAUGAAUACUUAUUUACAAAUAAGAUAUUUUCAUUAGAAUGAAAGAUGUCAUGAUAAAGUUGGUAUAAAGGAACUUGUGCAAUUUUGCAUAAGCAAUGGAAACAUUCAAACUAUCAAUGUCCUGAUAGCAUUAAUAAAUUCCACUGGGGUUUCUUUUAGUUUGGCAUCCUUCCCUCACAUUGCCUUGAGGAAAAACAAAUCUAAAGCUGGACAGCAGCUGUAA